AUGGCUGAAAACAACGCUAAACGAACUUCUGGUGAAGGUGAAAGUCAACUUGAAUCAAAAGAGGCUCCAUAUGGUGCAGAAUAUGCCAAAAGUGGAAGAGCUACGUGUAAAGGAUGUAAAGAACCAAUUGAAAAGGGGGCAUUGAGAAUGUCUGUCCGUUUCCAAUCAAAAUUUUUUGACGGCUUUCAGGAUAAUUGGCACCAUUUUGAGUGUUUCUGGAAAAAGGCUCGUAAAAACGACAUUAAUGAAGUGUCAAUCCGUGGAUUAGAUUGGCUUAAAUGGGAAGAUCAAGAACUUAUUCGUCAACGCAUUAAUGAACUUGCAGCCUCCGGCGAUUCUGGCUACACACCUAAAACAGCAACAAUUAAAGUAGAACAUGCAAAAUCUGGCACAGGAAAAUGUUUUUCAUGCAAAGAGAAGAUUCCAAAGGAUGAACUUCGCAUUUCUGGCCGUUCUUCCUUUUAUCACGUUGAUUGUUUUCAUACAGCAAAUUCUGAUCAUAAAUUAUUUCAAAAAAGUGCAGAAGAAAUUGUUGGAUAUAACCAAUUGGAUGCUGAUGAAAAAUCAAAAUUGGAAAGACUUUUCCCAAAGCCUCAAUCUACCGGGCAAAAAAGAGAAUUUGAUAAUUCUGCUACCACUAGUGGAACUUCUAAUGAAACACCAGUGAUGAAGAAAGGAAAAACGGAAAAUGAUGAACUCAAGGCUGCUUUGAAGAAUCAAUCAGAUGUUUUAUGGAAAUUAAGAGAAGAAUUAAAGAAAAAUUUAAAUCAUGAGGAAAUGGAGGAACUUUUAGUUGCAAAUAAAAGCUACAAAUCAAAGAAAGGAGGUCCUGAAAGGAUGUUGGAUAAAUUGGUGGAUAUGAUUGCCUUUGGACCAGCACAACCAUGCCCUCAAUGCAACAAAACUUUGACUUAUUACACCGAUAUACAUGCCUAUCGUUGUUCUGGAAGUGUUACCGAAUAUACUCGCUGUCUUUAUACAACAAAGAAGCCUGGACGUACUCAAUUCCGCAUUCCAUCAGAUAUGAAAAAAGAAAAUAAAUAUUUGAAGAAAUUGAAAUCUCCUUUGCUUGAUGAGCGUGUUUAUCCAGCAGCUGCAUUUGAAGAAAAGCCUCUUAGCGGAUCUAAAGCAUUUGGUUAUCUCAAUUACGCUAGAAAUGAACAGGCAAAAUCUAAAGUAAAUGAAAAUAACAAUCAAAAAAUGGUCGUAAAAGGUGGAUAUGUUGUUGAUCCAAGAUGUGAUGUGGCAGAGACGACGCAUGUCUAUGUUGAUCCAAUUACAAAACAUCCGUGGCAAGUUAAUUUGUCAGCUGUUGACAUAACUACUGGAAAAAAUUCGUUUUACAAAUUGCAGAUAGUUAAAGACGAUAAAGGCUCAACAUUUUAUCUUUUCCGAGCUUGGGGAAGAGUAGGAACAACAAUUGGUGGGGUAAAAACUGAAGAUUAUGGAGAAGAUUUAGAAGCUUGUCAGAAGGAAUUUAAAUUUCAAUUCCAUGACAAAUGUUUUAAUACUUGGGAGGAUUAUGUUGAAGGAAAUUUUAAGAAAGCUCCGGCUGGAAUGGAUAUUUUGGAAAUGGACGAACAGAAAAAUGAUGAAAAAAAGACAAGAAAGCUUACAAUUAGCGUUGAAUCUUCUAAAUCAAAACUACCAAGAGAAAUAAAGGAGCUAAUUUCCUUGGUUUUUGACGUGAAAGCAAUGCAAAAUGCAAUGAUGGAAUUUGAGAUUGAUUUGGAAAAAAUGCCUUUGGGGCGCCUUUCAAAAAAUCACAUUCUUAAAGCUUACAAAGUUCUCAAAGAUUUGCAAUUUGCUUUGGAGAAACCAGAAGGUCCUUCAAAAAAUGAAGUUCUCGACUUUACAAAUCGUUUCUACACAUUAAUUCCUCAUGCGCUAGGAUUUGGCCCUCCUCCAUUUAUUAACAGUCACGAAAUUUUAAUUACAGAUCAAAAUGAAAUGGAAGAGAAUGGAACUAAAGAUAUUUUUGAUUUGCAUUAUUCUAAAUUAAAUUGUUGUAUGGAGGUUCUAGAUAAAAAAUCGGAGGAAUUUGGUUUAAUUAAUCGUUAUUUGGCAAAUACCCAUGCAUCGACUCACACAAUUAAAUUGGAAAUUAUUAAUGUACUUAAAAUUCAGCGUUUAAUGGAAGUAAAAAAUUUUAAAAAAGAAAUGGGCAAUCGUUAUUUGCUUUGGCAUGGAAGUCGUUUAACAAACUAUGCUGGAAUUUUGAGUCAAGGGUUGAGAAUUGCUCCACCCGAAGCUCCUGUAACAGGAUAUAUGUUUGGUAAAGGAAUAUAUUUUGCUGAUAUGGUUACAAAAUCAGCUAAUUAUUGUUACGCAAUGUCUGGGGAAGGAUUACUUUUGCUUUGUGAUGUUGCUUUGGGAGAAAUACAAGAAGAAGUUGAUGCUAAAGAUUUGAAAAAACCUAAAAGGGGGAAAAAUAGUGUUAAAGGUAUUGGCGGUACUUUCCCUAAUCCAAAAGAAAAUGUUCAAUUUGACGAAAUGACUAUUCCCUGUGGUAAACCAAUUAAUUCAGAAAAGAAAAAAUUGUCUCUUCUUUACAACGAAUAUAUUGUUUAUGAUGAAUCGCAAGUUCAAUUACGUUAUAUUGUUCGUGUUAAAUUUGACAGUGGAAAUUUGCUUUAA